AUGGCUCCCCCUCGUUACGGUUCCGGAGACGUGAGCCCUGAGCCUCUGGCCCAGGAGCUUCGCUUUCACCCUUCUGGCAGAGUCGCAAAGAACAGGUUCAUGAAGGGUCCCAUGGCUGAGAUGCUUGCUACAUGGAGCCCCAAGACGCCUGAGGAGAGGGGUAUUCCUACCAAGGAGUCGAUUGAGCUCUACAAGCGAUGGGGCGAGGGCAAGAACAACUUUGGUGUUAUCGUCACUGGAAACAUUGACAUUGAUCUCGAGUCUGUGGGCAAUAUUGGAGAUAUGGGCAUUCCUCUUGAUGCGAAGUACGAAGGCGAGCGCUUUGAAAAGUUCAAGGAGCUUGCAAAGGGUGCCAAGGCUGAUGGAAGUCUGCUUGUCGGCCAGGUCAAUCAUCCUGGACGACAGGUUGAGGCGCGGGUUAACCCUGUCGCCAUCUCUGCGUCUGAUGUUCAGCUUGAACCCAAGAUGGGAAUGACGUUUGGAAAGCCUCAUGCUGCGACAAAGGAGGAAAUUGCAAGAAUAGUCGAAGGCUUUGCUCAUGCUGCAGAGUACCUCGAAAAGGCCGGUUUUGACGGCAUUGAGCUCCACGCCGCCCACGGCUACCUCAUCUCUCAAUUCCUCUCACGAACCACCAACAAGCGCACCGACGAGUACGGACCCCAGACAAUCGAGUCCCGCCUGCGCAUCGUAUCCGACAUUGCAAAGGCCGUCAAGGCGCGCGUGUCACCUACUUUUAUUGUCAGUGCCAAGCUCAACAGCGUCGAGUUUCAGGAUGGCGGUGUCACGCCUGAUGAGGCGCGGGAGCUGUGCGAGACGCUUGAACAGUUGGAGUUUGACUUCGUGGAGUUGAGUGGUGGUACCUAUGAGCAUAUGGACAUGGCGUGGAAGAAGGAGAGUACUGCUAGGAGGGAGGGGUUCUUUCUUGAGUGGGCAGCGACUAUCACCAAGGCUCUUGAUCCGGGACACAAGAUGAGGACUUAUAUUGCUGGUGGGAUGAGAUCUGUUGGAGCCAUGGUUGAUGCGCUCAAGGUUGUUGACGGUGUCACUCUUGCGCGACCUUCAAUCGCAGAACCCCGUCUCGUACCCGACAUCAUCGAGGGACGUGUCCAAGGCGCAAUCAAGCCGGUCGAGGCCAUCGAGACGGAUCUCGGUAUUGCCAUGGUCGCCGCGCAGGCUCAGCUGUCGCAGGUCGGACGGGGAUUUGAGCCCUUCGAUCUCAGCGACCCCGAGGCGUUCCAGACUUUUGGAGCUGACAUGGGAGCUUGGUUUGAGAAGGUUGUUCAGGAUGGGCCUAAGAUGGAGUUUGUGCGGGCUGUGCAGUACUCGGGACCUCAGGUUCCUUACGGAACUGUCAAGUCUGCUUAG